UCUUACUUAACACUAAGCUUAUUAUCCAUUUAAUUCAAUUAUAAUAAAAUAAGCUAGUCUCUAGUUUAGUCUAGCGGGCGUUCUGUGAGCAAGUAGGCCAGUGCAACGCAAGAACUGCGAAAACUAUCGAAAAGGACUCGAAAACAAUAUCUAUCAGUCGUAAUAUGUUGUGCAUUCACACGUUGCAAAUCUCUCUGUUGAUGGCCCUAUGUAUUACGAUCUCAAAUGUAAUGAGUAAUAAUCAUAAAGUGACGAGUAAUGUCACCAUGGCGAACAGCGCAAAUGAGUAUAUGUUUGAGGAAACAAGUCUGUCCUUGCGGGAUAUCCUGCCGAUUAGGACGAAGCUGUACGAUAAAAAUCGUGCCCCAAAGCUCAAAGGCCAUCCAACAAUUGUAUACUUUCAUGUAACGGUUUUAUCCUUGGACUCGAUUAACGAGGAGUCCAUGACGUACGUGACUGAUAUAUUUCUCGCACAAAGUUGGCGCGAUCCGCGUCUUCGGCUGCCUGAGAAUAUGAGCGAAGAAUAUCGCAUUUUAGAUGUCGAAUGGCUUCAUAACAUUUGGCGUCCGGAUUGUUUUUUUAAAAACGCGAAAAGUGUGACGUUUCACGAGAUGACCAUCCCGAAUCAUUACCUGUGGUUGUAUCACGACAAGACGUUGCUUUACAUGUCUAAGCUGACCUUAGUACUUUCAUGUGCAAUGAAGUUUGAAUCAUAUCCGCACGACACACAAAUAUGUUCGAUAAUGAUUGAGAGUCUGUCUCACACGGAUCAUGACUUGGUUUUUAUAUGGAAUAUGACGGAUCCUUUAGUGGUAAAUCCUGAAAUCGAACUUCCACAGCUCGAUAUCUCGAAUAAUUAUACCACAGAUUGUACAAUUGAAUAUUCGACUGGUAAUUUUACAUGCCUGGCAAUAGUUUUUAAUUUAACAAGACGACUUGGCUAUCAUCUCUUUCACACCUAUAUUCCGUCAGCUUUGAUCGUCGUUAUGUCCUGGAUUUCAUUUUGGAUUAAGCCGGAAGCGAUCCCAGCGCGAGUCACAUUAGGUGUGACAUCACUGUUAACAUUAGCGACACAGAAUACUCAAUCGCAGCAAUCGCUACCGCCAGUGUCGUAUGUUAAGGCCAUCGACAUUUGGAUGUCGUCUUGCUCCGUGUUCGUAUUUUUGUCUCUGAUGGAAUUUGCUGUGGUUAAUAAUUACAUGGGACCCGUCGCAACGAAGGCAAUGAAAGGCUAUUCCGAUGAGGAUUUGCAUUCGGACAUGCAAAAUGAUUAUAAGGAUAUAGAUCGGCCGAGAUUCGGUAGCCAGCCGCAGUACGAUACGUUUUGCAGCGGCCGCAGCACCGCAUUGUGCAUCGACCAGUUUUCGCGUUUCUUCUUUCCCUUUUCGUUCUUCAUCCUGAACGUAGUCUACUGGUCGACGUUCCUCACUUGAAGCAUCGCACAGCGCCGCUUCGAACCUUUAGCAUUUAACAUUUAUGUAAUGUGUCGAUGUUGUGUAAUAUGUAAUGCGUAUAAUGAUGAUAUGCCUGUAUCAAACUGCAACAAUUUAAAU